AUGAGUGACCUGUUAAGUUCUACAGUGGAUGCAAUGAAUCUGGCAGACAUGAAUAAACUGCUGUUUGAAAUAAGUGAGGAUCUGGACAAAGCAGAAACCCUUGCAAUGAUUUUCCUUUGUGAGAAGCGCGUUACUGCCCAAGAAAAAGAAAACAUCAAAGAUGCAAAGACAUUGUUCCUGUGUCUCAAAAAGAAAGAUUUAAUAUGUUGUAACGAUCUGUCCUUCUUGAAAGAGUUACUCUACAGAAUUGGUAGAAACGACCUACUCAGAGACAAAUUAGGGGUUAGAACAGAAGAAAUUAAAAGAAUUAUUGAAGUAUCUCCACAAAUUUCUCCAUACAGGAUUUUACUUUAUGACAUUUCACAAGGUCUUUCUAAAAAAGAAGUCGAAGAUUUGAAAUACUUGCUGGAUCUGAGCACAGCCAAAACAGAAAACGCUUCUAUACUGGAAAUAUUCUUGGAACUGGAAAAAGUUGGAAAAUUACAUCCCGAUGAUCUACAGAAGCUAAAACACGAUUUAGAAACAAUUGGUUGUAAAAACCUUUCUAGGAACAUUGAAGACUAUGAAAGAAUAUCAGAAGCUGAUAAUCACAGGCCAGAAAACCUACCAGAUUUAUUUGAGAAGAUUUCAGUACAAGAGGAGCAGGUUAAUUGUACUGCACAAGAACCCUUCAAUGGGGAGCAAAGGACACCCCAGCCUGAAACUGAAAGUGACUAUUGCCAACCCCAACAACACUCUCAUAUGAAUUUAGAGACCUACCACUUGGAGAAAAAUCCUCAUGGCUGGUGUGUGGUCAUAAAUAAUUACGACUUCAAAGAGGCAAGGUCUCAGGAUUGUAAAUAUACUGACAGAGAAGGAACAGCGAAGGAUGCAGAGGAGAUUACAAGGAUAUUUAAUGCCCGGGGCUACAUCACAGAAGAGCACAGGGAUCUAACUGCUGCAAAUAUACAGAAAACCUUGGAGAUGUAUAGUAAGAAAGAUCAUGCAGAGAAAGACAGCUUUGUGUGCUUUAUCCUCUCUCAUGGUGGGGUAGGAACUGUAUGUGGCUGUGACGGAGAAGAGGUGGAAAUCAAGAGAUUGACAAAAUAUUUUAAUGGUCAACACUGUCGCUCUCUCAUUAAUAAACCAAAGAUUUUCUUCAUCCAAGCUUGUCAGGGGAAAGAAUCACAUCCAAAAGUUGAUAUGGAUAUGGAUACUUCUUUUUAUGAACCAGAUGCAAAUGGAAGUCAUCUACCCCUAGAAGCAGACUUUUUAACCGCAUUUGCGACAGUUGAAGAUUAUACAAGUCUAAGACAUAGAGAAAACGGUAGCAUUUAUAUUCAGCAACUGUGCAAGGCCUUGACAACUUACACAAAUCAAGACCUGAUCGAUAUACUAACCAGUGUUAAUAGUGACGUUGCAAACAUGCUGUUCCGUUUAUGGAGGAAGAAUGUAACACAGAUGCCCUCAUUUAAAUCAGAGUUACGCAAAAAACUUAUUCUGCCACCUCCUAAUGCCAUGUAA